AUGGCGCGCUUCAACUUCAACUCGCUCCCGGGGUUUCUCAAAUCGGCCCCUCCGGCAUCUAUCAGGAUUAUUCUCCUACUCAUAUCUAUCAACGUCCUGGUCUGGAUCGCUGCCGGUAUCAUUCUCCACUUCAACCCGUCCUUGAUCGCCCCGGCGGCGCUCUCAUACGCGCUGGGGCUCCGCCACGCCCUCGAUGCCGACCACAUCUCGGCCAUCGACCUCAUGACCCGUCGCCUCAUCGCCUCGGGUCAGCGGCCCGUCACCGUCGGCACCUUCUUCUCGCUCGGCCACUCCACCAUCGUUGUGAUCACGUGCAUCGUCGUCGCCGCCACCAGCGGCGCCCUGCGCGAUCGCUUCGACGACUUUACCCGCGUGGGUAACAUCAUCGGCACCAGCGUCAGCGCCGCGUUCCUGCUGAUCCUGAGCGCGGGCAACGGGUGGGUGCUCUACCGCCUCGUCUGUCGCCUGCGCGAGGUUUUGGCCGAGCAAGGCCGGCCGAGGGUUCUGGACCAGGACGACGACCCAGAUGUGGAUGCUGGAGCGGCAGCUGGUUUGGGCUUGGACGGAACGGGGUUUUUGUCUAGGGUUUUCCGGAGGCUGUUUAACGUGAUCGAUCGGCCGUGGAAGAUGUUCCCGCUUGGCGUCCUGUUUGGCCUUGGCUUCGACACGAGCUCCGAAAUCGCGAUUCUCGGCAUCACGAGCCUGCAAGGUGCCGCCGGCACCAGUCUGUGGCUGAUUCUGAUCUUUCCCAUACUCUUCACAGGCAAGUGGUCGUCUCUCAACCCCUCUGGCAUGUGCUUGGUCGACACCUCGGACGGCGCCCUAAUGAUGGGCCUCUACUCCUCCAAAGCCUUUGCCCGGGACCAGGUCGCCAUCCUGUACUACUCCAUCGUGCUCACCGGAAUCACCGUCUUCAUAUCCGCGUUCAUCGGCGUGAUCCAGGUCUUGUCUCUGGUCCAGAAUGUGGCCGAUCCCCAAGGCGGCUUCUGGGACGGCGUGGGAGCAAUUAGCGACAACUUUGACAUUAUAGGAGGAAGUAUAUGCGGGCUUUUUCUCGUCAUCGGUAUUGGCUCCGUUGUUGUGUACAGGCCGUGGCGGAGGCGGAUGGAUAGAAGGACGGAAGCACCGCUUGUGGGGGACACGGAUGGCGAGGGGAGGUAUGCAAGUCCUAACCGCUCGGACGCGAAUGAAAAUGUGUGA